CAAAACAUCUCAAGGUUUUUUUUUUAGAGUUUCAAAAACAUGCGGUUUCUGCCCUGUUUAUCAAUUAUCUCACGAUGUACUCUCUCCAGAAGACUCCCAGUAAGCCUGGGUACUAUUCCCAGUUACAGGAUAGAAUCCCUCCAUACGACCUCAGUUUUGGGCUUUAUCCAGCGGAGGAAGUGGAAUGAGCAGAGGAUCCGCGAGAUGGAUAAUCUCCCUGUCCACUAUACUCUGAUUUACAGAAAUCCCAUGUACAAUUACGUCUCAGCAACGACUUUUAUCACCACAGCCAGUUUCCUGGCCAUGGGAGGCUUUCUAGCUCACAGAUUGAUUACUGGGGAAUUUUCCUUCAAUCCUGAAGCCAUUGAGACUGCAGUAGCUGGUCCACUGACCAGUGACAUCACUGAAGUCUACGUGAUGGCAGUCUUUUUCGUGCUCUUCAAUCUCAUCCUCCGAAUCACCCUCAAUCGCUUCCCACUUAGAAUAUAUCGGACCGGGGACAGUUACCUGGCCAUUUACACCUGGAAGUUGCCGUUUAGGAAUGAAACUCUGGAGUUUGCUCAAGGAGACACAAUCAAAACUCCUCCCAAGGGAAUCCUGUGGAAAGACUGCCGAUACACGAUAAAGGGGCGCAAGAACAUCCUCCUGUAUGACUACUUUAGGGCUCCCGUAGACUUGCACACGAUGAUGGAGUCCAAGGAAAAAAAAUAAUUGAGAAAAUGCAAAAUAAACUGGUAGAAAAAC